AUGGCUCCUUCAAGAUCCUCCGCCUCAUGGCUCUCAUCUACUUUGGUCGUGUUGGCCAUUAUCUGUCUCUCCGUCCCCGCAAACGCUCUGUACUUCUACACGAGCGAGAAGCAGACCAAGUGUUUCUUCGAGGAGCUUCCUAAAGAUACCCUGGUGGUUGGUCACUUCAAAACCGAAGUCGCCAACCCGCAAGCCGGCAACACGUACUCUAUCGAUUCCAACGUGAAGAUGCUCAUCACCGUCGACGAGACCUUCGACAAUGACCACCGAGUCGUUUCCAAGCGCGACAGUCACUCCGGCCGCUUCACUUUCUCCGCCGCCGACGCUGGUCAACACAAGAUCUGUUUGACUCCCGAUGGCAGCCAUGUGUCCGGAGGCUGGCUCUCCGGUGGUGCGUCGGAUGCGAUCCGGGUUACGCUUGACAUAGCCAUUGGCGAGACGAGCAAGAUCGAGACGGAGGACAAGGGCAAGAUGCAGGAUAUUGUGCAGAAGGUCAAGGACUUGAACGGACGGUUGCAUGAUAUUCGUCGGGAGCAGGUGUUCCAGCGGGAACGCGAGGCCGAAUUCCGUGAUCAAUCCGAAGCUACCAACUCGCGUGUCGUCCGCUGGACCAUGAUUCAACUCGUUGUCUUGUCGGCUGCCUGCGCCUGGCAAUUGUCGCAUCUCCGGUCUUUCUUCAUCAAGCAAAAGUUGACAUGA